AUAUAAUGACAUGUAUGGUUCCUUGCGGGGUUUGGACACAACUGUACUGUUCUGGUUAUCUAGCUAACUUACAGCAGCCAUGAAAAAGUUUACAAAUCAAGAGUGUGAACUUUCAUAGUUAACUAGGCCAGUGUGUAAAAUAUACUAUUUUAGGCCCUUCAAAAUGCUACCGGUGGGAUUUGACGAAUAAAUAAAUAUAUUUUAGUAAAUCGGUAAUGUUUUUAGCUGCAUGGGGGAAGGGUGCGUUCUGACUUACUUUGGGGACGUGGAGAGGCUGCGGAGCGGGCGGGUCUUGUACUCUAACACCCCUGCGUACUUUGGGAUUCCCAUACGGGACCAUGGCCUCCUCAUCGCACUGCCUCGGGCUUGCAUUUCUUUUAUUCUGUUUUUCUUUUUGCGUUCUUGCGCAGUAUGAGAAAUACAAUUUUCGCAGUUUCCCACGGCACGAGCUUAUGCCCCUGGACUCGGCGUACCGACACGCUUUAGACCAGUACAGUGAGGAGAAGUGGCCCGAGAGCGUGGAGUUUCUUGAGAUGAGUCUCCGGCUGUACCGGCUGCUCAGGGACAGCGAGGCCUUCUGUAACCUCAACUGCAGCACGGUGCGCCUCGACGACGAGACGCGCUUCAGAGACUUCCCCGAGCUGCACGCCUUCGGUAACGUGAUGAAGCGAGCUCAGUGUCUGAAGCGAUGCAAGCAGGGCUUACCUGCCUUCAGACAGACGCUCCCCAGCCGUGAAACCAUCGAGGAGUUUGAGAAACGGGAACCCUACAAGUACCUGCAGUAUGCUUACUUCAAAAGCGAUAAUGUGGCCAAAGCUGUAUCUGCAGCGUACACAUUCCUCUUGAAGCAUCCUGAUGAUGAGAUGAUGCAGAGGAACAUGAACUAUUACAAGAGUUUACCUGGAGCUGAUGAACAUAUGAAAGACCUGGAGACCAAGUCAUAUGAGACGUUGUUCAUUCGGGCUGUGCGGGCAUACAAUGGUGAUAACUUCAGAACGUCAGUGUCAGAUAUGGAGCUGGCACUGAGAGACUUUUUCAAAGUGUAUGAUGAGUGCAUCGCAGCGUCAGAGGGAUCCAGACAGAUCAAAGACUUCAAAGACUUUUACCCGUCCAUUGCAGAUCAUUACACAGAGGUUCUGGAGAGAAAGGUUCGCUGUGAAAGCGAGCUAACGCCGGUUGUAGGUGGAUUUGUUGUUGAGAAAUUUGUGGCAACCAUGUACCACUACCUCCAGUUUGCUUAUUAUAAAUUGAAUGAUCUGAAGAACGCUGUACCGUGUGUGGCCAGCUACAUGCUCUUUGAUCCCAGUGAUGAGGUGAUGAAGAAUAAUGUGGAUUAUUAUCGGUACCACAGAGAAAAAUUUGGCCUGACUGAUGAGGAUUUCUUCCCUAGAGCGGAAGCAGUACGGUACCACAAUCAGACAACGCUACAGCUGCAGAUGCUAGAAUUUGCCAAACAGAAGUUACUGUCAGAUGAUGAGGGUGAAGUCUUAGAGUUUCUUGAUGAAUAUCUUGAUGCUGGGGAUGAAUAAGAAAAUGAUUUUAUUUGCACUGAAAUGAAAACAUUGUGAAAAUGACCAUGACCAUAAAGGUAUUCUCCAUACUGUACCAUUUUUGUUCUUGUAUUUAUUUAGGCCGGGGUUGGUGAUUGGAAGUGUUGAUAUCUUUUUACAUCUGUACUAAAAUGUGUACUUAUAUUUGCACAUGUAAGUACAGAUUAUGCACCACAAGCCAAAAGAUUAUAAUUUUGAAUCUUAGUCCCUGUCAAUUUACUGUAUCUCAGAGAAAACAAUGAUGUGUUUUUAUUUUGUUGGUUGGAUUGUUUUAAUAAGGAAUGCUUUUCUAUAUUGAAUACAACCCAAGCAAUGUUGUUACCAUGCGAAGAUAUCCAGGCAGAAUUGAGCCCCAAGAACUGGUUAAACACUGAAAAUGUACUUUUUGGCUUUUCUGACUUUCUGACAGAUGUGGAUGCUGACGUAAUAAAUAAUAUGGAUGAAAAUGCUUAA